CUGUUUGCAAUCCAUCAAUCCCCUCAGCCUCGGCCGCAGAAUGCGCACUUGAGUAGCCGACGGCCUCGCCGCGCAUUUUCACGACCGCAGGCUGCAAACUUUAGGCAUAGCAACACCACCAUGAAUAUCACCAAUUCCGACGCGUUGGACGUCAUGGUGGCUAUGGGGCGCAAGUCAUUGGAGCAAGGAAAGCUCGACACCGCGCUGACCAUUCUGUCGGGCGUGGUCAGCAAGGCGCCAAACCACGCCCUUGCCUGGUUCAGUUUGGGCCGAGCCCACUUGCUGAGGGACGCACACGACAGCGCCGCAAUGUGCUACCACCGUGCCGCCACCCUGGCAGCCAGCCAGCGCGGAGUGCCCGGCAACCUGCUACAGCUGGCCCGUGACAACAUGGUGCUGUGUGGGGAGAAGGUGUUGCCGCGGGACUGGCUGCCGGCACUGCAGGACUCGCACAUCGCUGCCAGGUGGGCGGAUGCGCUGCAGCACCACGCCGCGGCAGUAGCAGCAACAGCAGCAGCAGCAGUAGCAGCAGCAGGUGUGGCAGUAGCACCCCCUCAGAGCGACGCCAAGCUCCGGGCGGCGGUGGUGGGCGGGCUGGGCCUGCAGGCACUGCUGCUGCACGCGCUGCUGUCCUGUUACAGCCGCGGCACAGGCACAGAUGCUACAGCCGGCGCCGCCGGGGAUGCUACAGCCGGCGCCGGUGCCGGCGGCGUGGAGGUCACGUGGCUUCAGGGUGACGACCUCAGUAGCACACUGGCCGCGAUGAUGGCGGCUUCGGCGUCCGUACCGGCGGCGGAGCUAACCGUCACAACCGCCUGGCCUGAGCCGGCGGCUGCGGUGCCGGUGGCGGGCGCGGCGGCGGGCAGCGGCGAGGCUGCGGGCGACGGCAGUGGCGCUGGCGGCCCAGCGCAGCAGGAGGGCGGCGGCGGGGGCGGGCUGCUACAGCUGGUGGUGGCUCCGGGGCUGUGCACGGCGCGCCUGGCGCUGCGGGAGUGGGCGGCGGCACUGGCGCAGGCUCGGCCGCUGCUGGCCCCGGGUGCGGCGCUGUGUCCCUCCGCGGCGCGGCUGGUGGGCGUGCUGGCGAGCAGUGAGGACCUGGUGGGCAUGAACCAGGUGGAUGUGGACUGGAUGGCGGCGGACAGCGGCGGACUGAGCUACAGCCCCGCCAAUGAGCUGCUGUGGAGGCCGGCCAGGUCCAUGCAGGUGUCAGGCUUCCGCUACAGCCUGCUCUCGGAGCCGUUCCUGCUACUGCCAGAGGUCAGCGCGCAGCAGCUGAUGCUGCAGCCGCAGCAGGUGCUGGGAGGCGGCGCGGGAUCCGUUGCGGCUGCUGGCGCGGCGCGCCGCCACGAGGUGACGGUUGCGCCAACCGCCGCGGGACGAGCGGAUUGCGUCAUCACGUGGGUGGAGUACGAACUGGCGCCCGGCAGGUGGCUGUCGUACGCGCCGCACGAGCUCCAGGGGCGCACCGACCCGCCCGCACUGAGCCCGCACGUGUGGCAGCGAGUGCAGUACCUGUCAGCCUCCCCCGCCGUACAGCCGGGAACUCCCGUAGGACUGCAGGUCACACUUUCCGGCGGCGGCAAUGACGUACGGGUCGAGUACGACGAAGACGUACUGCCGCCCGCGGCGGCCGGUGUUGCAGCUGGCGGCGGCGCCGCGUCGGAUGGCGGCGGCGGCGGCGCCUUGCCUGCUGGGGAGGCGCUGGUUGGCAGCAGCAGCGACGAUGAGGAGGAGGAAAAAAGGGAGGGUGCUGCUGCUGCCGCUGCUACUGCCGCUGCUGCUGCGACUGCUGUUACAGCCGCUACAGCCAAGGCGCAGUCGGGCAUGCUACUGCCGUACCACAUGUCCAUGCUGAACGACCGCAUGCGCACACGCAGCUACGCGGCCGGCAUCCGCGCGGCGGUGGCAGAGGCGCAGGCGCAGGCCCAGCGCUCGGGCCAGCCGCUGGUGGUGCUGGACGUGGGCUCGGGCACGGGGCUGCUGUCCAUGAUGGCGGCACGGGCGGGCGCGGAGCUGGUCGUGGGCUGUGAGCGGGAACUGGCUCUGGCGGUUGCGGCGGGCGCACUGGUGUCGGAGAACGGGCUGAGCGAGCGAGUGCGCAUCGUGCAGGCCCACAGCAGGAGCCUGAGUGUGGCGCCGCCGCCGCCGCCGCCACAGCAGCAGCAGCCGCCAAAUGAAGAGGCUGCGCCUGCAGCUGCCCCGGCGGCUGCGGCUGCGACGGGCAACACUGCAGCCCCUGCCCCGAAUACAGCAGCAGAAGCACCGACGGCAGCAGCGGCAGCAGCAGCGGCAGCGGCCGCGUCUCGGCAGCUGCCUGUGCGGGCGGGGCUGGUGGUGCAUGAGAUAUUCGGCACCGACCCGCUGAGCGAGCACAUCCUGCCCAGCAUGGCGCAGGUGCAGGAGUCUCUGGCGGCCCCCGACGCGCUGUUCGUGCCCUCGGCCUUCCGCAUCAUCGCGGCACUGGCGCACAGCCCCGCCCUGCAGACCCACCUGCAGCGGGUGGCGCCGCCCACCGGCCUGCAGCUGCUGCCGCGGGCCGAGGCGGAGCAGCCGGCGGCGGCACAGUCGGCGGCGGCGCAGUUGGCUGCGGACAGGGUGGAGCGGUCAGCGGCGGAGCACAAGGCGGGGCAGGCGGGGGCUGCGGGGCUGGGUCUGAGUGCGGAGGCUGCUGCCCGGCUGGAGCGAGUGCUGCCGGCGGCGGUGGGCGCGGCGCUGCAGUCGUGGGUGCCGUGGAAGGCGGAGGUGGACCUCAUGCGGUCGCCCGACCUUCGCCUGCUCACACGCCCCGUGAUGGUGGCGGCCCUGUCGCUGCAGGAGGCGCGGCCGCUGCCCAAGGCCUUCCGUGCCGCCGCCAACGCCGAGCCGCUGCCCGCGUCCACGCCCCUGGCGGACCUGGGCUACACCCGCUGCGAUCCGGACGGCCGGCCCCUGACUACUGGUGGCACUGGUGCUGCCACUGCCACUGCAACUGCCGUCACUGCUGCCACUGCUGUCACUGCCCCUGGUGCUGCUGGUGGUGCUGGUGCGGUUGCGGUUGGGGCCGCGGCGGAGUCGGACGCCGAGCCGCCAGUGGGCAACUGCAUCGUGUUCUGGUUCGAGGCGGAUUGCGGCGCCGGCGGCUGGAUCAGUACGGCGCCUGGAUCCGGUAGCACGUACCAUGGGCACUGGAUCCAGAACGUGCAGUUUCUCCCGGAGCCGCUGCCCGUGGUGGCGCCGGGCCUGGUGGCGGCGGGCGGCCUGCGUGUGCGGCUGAGUGCCGAGUGUGUGCUGGACCGGGUGCGGCUGAGUGCGGAGUGGGUGCAGCUGGGGGACGAGAGCAGCAGCAGCAGCGGGGAGGAUGAGUGAGCGGGUAUGCAGGUUGGAGGCAGGAAGGCAGGGGAAGAGUGCGGACAGGGAUGGGUGGCCUGGCAGGAGGGAAUGCGGGUGGAUGGGGCCUGCAGGGCUGGUGGCCUGGCAGAUUGCCGGGGGGCCGCGAGCGCAGAGCGAGCAUUGGCCUAAGGGAGGCGUCAUUGGUGCAGAGAAACUCGGAGACAAUGGCCAAAACAAAUUUAACGAGUUUU